AUGCUGAACUAAUCUAAUCCCUCACCAAAAAAAAGAAUGUUAUGGACAGAAAAUGAAGACAAACUCUUAUAGUAGUUAGUCAAUAAAUUCUAAAAUGAAAGACUUGGCUGGAAAAAAAUUUCUCAAUCUCUCAGAAAACAAGGCUAUGACAGAAAUACCAAGGCUUGUAGAGAGAGAUUUUUCAACCACCUUGAUAAUACAUUCAAUAAAACAGAACUGACUACCCAGGAACUUGAUAAGCUAUUUGAACUCAUUAAAAUUCAUGGUAACAAAUGGACUUGUAUUGCUGAGGAGCUCAAUCAUAGAACAGACUAAGAUAUUAAGAAUAAAUUUUAUGCCCACAUAAAAAAAGUGUUUAGGCGAUUAUUAAAAGCCACUUUUUAAACAACCGAAAGUUCUAUAAUGACAGCCAAAUUACAACCAUUAUUGAUCUCAAGCAUAUUUUGUUAUGAAAAUGAACUGGAUCAAAAAUAAAUUCUUAUUCAAAAUGAUAUGAAAGACCUUUUUCAGAGUCUAAUAAGAAAAAAUAAAUCAAUUUCUUAAGGAGAGCAAAUAGAUGAGGAAACAAGAGAACAGGUUAAGCAAAUUACUACAUACUUGGAUAAAGAAAAUUAAUUAUAUCUCUAAAAUAAAAUCACCAGAAAACAAAAUAAACAAAUAAUUAAAACAAAACAUAUUAUCAAAAAAACUUAAUUUGCCCAUAAUUAAUUUUAACAAUAACAAAUUUUAAAGAAGAUCUAAAUGAAGCAACCCAUAUUUGUGUGUUCAUAAAAAAAGUUAGAAUUCCCAAUCAUGGAUUUGGAUACAAAAUUCUAGAAUGAUUUCAAUUAAUUUGAAUUUGAUAAAAUAUUGGAGAAUGGAUCUCUAUUCUAACCAUAACAAAUUAUUUCUAGUGUUCCAUUCUAAUGGCAUUAGUCCUCUUAUAAAUUAGAAUUAAGCCACUAAUCUGAAUUAUCGUAUAUGGCCAUUCAGUCAAAUUCAUACAAUUAUUCAACUAUUUGGAAUAUUUGA